UGUCAAUUAUUUUGAUGAGAAUGAAAAUUAUAUCUGAUUUUCAUAAUCGGGUGGGGAAAAAAAUCAGCUAUCGGACACUUUUUUAUCAAUUAUAAUUUUUUCCUCAGCUUGAUUGAAUUUCGGCUCACAUUUUUUUUAUUUUAAUAAUACUCUUACAACGCACGCGCAGAACAUCGCCAAAAAUCGCCCAGCGCCAUAUUGAGAGAGGCGGACGUUGUAUGACUUGAGUGAUUAAUCGUGGUUAGUGCAAUAAUUUGAAGUGGAACAUUUGAUCGUGCCCUAUGGAUAAACAUUCGGGAGUGGUGUGCCUUGGUUGAAAGGCCUGCCUAAAGGACAGGGCUCCGCGCGCGAGGAAGGACUGCGGCCCUCCGCCCUGAGGAAACAUGGACUGCUGCAUGUCAGAAGAAGCCAAAGAACAGAAAAGAAUCAACCAAGAAAUAGAGCGGGUACUCCGGAAGGACAAACGUGAUGCCAGGAGAGAACUCAAACUUCUGCUGCUUGGCACUGGCGAGUCGGGGAAGUCGACAUUCAUCAAGCAGAUGAGAAUCAUCCACGGCUCCGGCUACAGCGAUGAUGACAAGCGGGGUUUCAUCAAGCUCGUCUACCAGAACAUCUUCAUGGCGAUGCAGAGUAUGAUCCGGGCCAUGGAUCUACUCAAAAUACAAUACGGGGUUCCGUCCAAUUUAGAAAAGGCGGAUUUGAUAUCAUCAAUCGACUUUGAGAGCGUGACCACGUUCGAGAGUCCGUACGUGGAGGCGAUCAAAGGUCUGUGGGCCGACAACGGGAUUCAGGAGUGCUAUGACCGCAGGCGGGAGUACCAGCUCACUGACUCUGCCAAAUACUACUUGCAGGAGAUAGACCGCGUGGCGGCACCCAAUUACUUACCGACCGAACAAGACAUCCUUCGCGUGAGAGUGCCCACGACGGGCAUUAUAGAAUACCCCUUUGAUUUGGAGGAGAUACGAUUUAGUUAUUUAAGCGAUCUGGCCAGAAUCGAGGCGGCGGACUAUCUGCCGACGGAGCAGGAUAUCCUUCGCGCGCGACAGGCCACUACUGGUAUCCUUGAGUAUCCGUUUGAUCUUGAUGGCAUCAUAUUUAGAAUGGUAGACGUCGGGGGCCAAAGAUCCGAGAGAAGGAAGUGGAUUCACUGUUUUGAAAACGUCACCUCCAUCAUAUUCUUAGUAGCUCUUAGUGAAUAUGAUCAAAUUUUAUUCGAAUCUGAAAAUGAGAACCGGAUGGAAGAGUCAAAGGCGUUGUUUAAGACCAUCAUCACGUACCCCUGGUUCCAACAUUCGUCGGUCAUCCUCUUCCUCAACAAGAAGGACUUGCUUGAGGAGAAAAUCAUGUAUUCGCAUCUUGUCGACUACUUUCCUGAAUACGACGGUCCGCAGCGCGACGCCAUCACGGCGCGCGAGUUUAUCCUGCGGAUGUUCGUGGACCUCAACCCGGAUGCGGAGAAAAUCAUCUAUUCGCAUUUUACUUGUGCGACAGACACCGAGAACAUCCGGUUCGUGUUCGCUGCGGUGAAGGACACCAUCCUACAGUCCAACCUGAAAGAGUACAACCUCGUUUAAGCCACGUGCUCCGACACAAAUCUGUGAUUGUGUAUAACACGUAAUUUAAACAUCAUCAAUUCACACGGCAGAAUGUGUACAUUCACGAACUGAGAUCGGAUGGACGAACUUAUUCAUCUUACAAUGUUUAAUGAGAAAGUAAGGAUAGAUUUAAGUCAUUUAACCUUGGAGUCAUUUUACCGGCGGAGAUCGGACCGCGCGAGACGCGUCAGGUUUUUUGACAUGAUUUUUUAUGAAGAAGUUAUUCACAAUUUAUGUAUGUGUCUGUAUCGGUGAAUAUUAAAUUGUGCAUUUUAAAAGUUAUGGCGAGUCUUGGGCUAACCAUGAGCUGCUUUUAGUCAUUGUUUUAGGAUUUUUGUAAAGUUUGUUGCCAUAAUAUCUUUCUACAUUAGAAUACAUUUAUUAUGUCCAGACGGAUGGAUUUGAACAAACUAGUCCAAUGAACUUAUGCGUGUUUUAUAUCAUCCUCACGGGUCGGACUCGACACAGGACUUCCUAUUAAUGUAUUGAUCGGGUCGCUUCCGUGUUACUAUUACGUAUUUAUUUUAGUUACGAUAUCUCUCGUAGAGUUACUGUCGCUCCGGAGCUUGCAAGGGAUGAGAGUAAGCGAGAUGCGGACAAAGGCGCAGACUGAUUUCCACAUCUUUUCUCCUCAAAGGACAGACGUAUUUUUGCGAUUGCUGCAUUUGUUAAAUUCCUUAACAGGGGAUUAUAAAAUCCAGUAAUUAUAAACAGCUCAAGGUGAGCGUGGAAAGGCACGUGUGAAAUACGUCUGUAGGUAUAAACGAGGCCUAAGGUCUGAUUUUAUUCAUAGGAUUCUCAAUUUACAAAGCACAAAUAUGUCUAUGGCCUUAGGAGGAUGUGCGAAAUCAAGUACACUUCAGUCUUCCCCAAGAGAGUAGUCGCCGCGUUGAUGUUGACGAGAAACGUGUGACGCAGACAGUGGCGCCCUCUGUCCGCACCGACCGACUCCACUGAACCAAUUCAGUUUACACAUAAUAAUUAUAAAACCAUUACUGUUUGUUCUGUGAGCUUGAAAGGUUUAUAAAUUUAUUGUAUUUAAAGAAAUAUUACGUUACUUUUGUACAUUUGAAUUUUGUUACUUGAAUAUAUGUUAUUAUUUAAGCUGUUUAUAUUUAAAUAUAAAUAUGGUGUUUUUUACACGAAUUGACGCAAGUUGUCUUACGUUAACUGUAGGCUUUUUUGUGUACGCAGUGGUCUGGUGUAUUUGGUUUCUUCCUAAUAUCCGUGUACGAGAUAAAUUCCAAUCAGCUAGCCGUAUGUCGAACAUAGGGAGAUAACUACGUUAGGUGUUUAAGGACAUUUUUGAUGCAUUUGAUAUAAACUUUUUUUACUAGAAAACCCGAGGGAUUUCAAUAAAGCGAAAAUGUGACUUGUAAAAACCGAUACCAAUGUUUUUUGCACGAACGCUUUUACCACAUGGAUGUAAUAUAUUGUACAUUUGGGUCUAAAUGUGCUGGGUGAAUUGAGCUGACAGUUCCGUGCCAGGUUUUGCUAUUGGCAUAUUGUGAAGCACAAAGAUAGGUACUUGUACACGUUUAAACUUGUUUACCAUGUUCAGAGAUUUAUGUUAUCGAUUUAGUGUGUUGCUUCGUGUUAUUAUUUAGUGACUUACUUGUUUAUAGCAAGAAACAUAGUUUCUAUUAUGGAGAUAUAUGAUUUUAUUGUAUUAACUUAUUUGUUGUUACGUCUUUAUUUCUAUCGCGCCGUUAGAGGUCCGUUUGAUCGAACGCACACGACAUCAGACUUUGUCAAUAGCAAAGCUUUAAUUGAGAUACAGCUGUCUGAUAUGCUCAAAGAUUAUGUGAAAUUGAAACUUAGCGCACAAUAUUGGAAACUUUCUUAUCGACGUUAACCACUGAUGUGCAAUCUCUGUGUAUGCCCUGUACAUAGAAACGUUUCGGUUUGUGCAUUAGUACCUCGACACGGGAUGCGGUCCAGCAUCCAGCGCGGUUAGCGGGGUCGCGGUGUUCCGCUAUAGACUGAUGUUUUAUAUAAUGGACGGCCACAAGACGCCCGACGUGAGUUCGCAAUGUCUUCAAUUACAGUGUAGUGUUAAAAGGAAACAAAGCACAAUGAAACUUAUUGUAUUGGUGAUUAGUUAUAUUUUAAAAGGCCCCGCGUGCCGCGCGUGUGUUCCGUGCGAAUGGACCUUAUCCGUGUCUCGGUACGGUUCUUACCUAUUUCAUUUUACGGUUGGGCGAUGACUACACAAAUAUUGCUAAAACUAUAAUAUAUUAUAGUCUAACGUUGCUUUACCUUUUGCGUGAGAUUGUGAGAGUUUUAGCUUAAGUUUACGACUGAAGACGGAUGCCUGUAUGAAAUAUUGUAAAUUAUAAUUUCUCAUAAAAUAUAAUUUUUUUCAGCUA